CUCUCCCUCCCUCCUUCCCUCCUUCCCUCCUUCCCCUGCUCCGGCCCUGCCCGCUCCCUCCCGGCUCCCUCCUCCCCGGGCCGGCGCUGCGGGCGCUGAGCGCCCCGGGAGGCAGUGCUCGGUUCUCGGUUCUCCUCUGCCGGUUCCAUCAAAAUGAGCGGAGGAGGAGAGGUUGUGUGUUCGGGCUGGCUCCGAAAGUCGCCGCCGGAGAAGAAGUUGAGGCGAUACGCAUGGAAGAAGCGCUGGUUCGUCCUGCGCAGUGGUCGGAUGAGCGGCGACCCCGACGUCCUGGAGUACUACAAAAAUGACCACUCCAAGAAACCCUUGCGUGUGAUCAACCUCAAUUUCUGCGAGCAAGUGGACGCGGGACUGACCUUCAACAAGAAGGAGCUGCAAGACAGCUACAUCUUCGACAUCAAGACCAGCGACAGGACCUUCUACCUGGUGGCCGAGACUGAGGACGACAUGAACAAGUGGGUUCGCAGCAUCUGUCAGAUCUGUGGCUUCAACCAGUCCGAGGAGAACUCAGAUGCCCUGCGGAGCAUCGUCUCCAUGAACCAUGCACCACGGUCCUCGCCGGCAGAGCUCAGUGGUGCCAACCACCACCUGCUGCGUGAGCGCAAGUCCUCCGCGCCUUCUCACUCCAGCCAGCCCACCCUCUUCACCUUCGACUCCCCCGCCGGCCACCUCCAGAGCACCCUCUCUGCCAGUGCCCCCCAGGAUUACCUUUUCCUCCACCAGUGUAUGAGCAGAAAGUCGGAAAACGCAAGGAGCGCCAGCUUCUCCCAAGCCACGAGGUCCUCCUUUUUCAUGCGCAGUGACACGGCUGUCCAGAAGCUCUCACAAGGCAACGGGCACUGCGUGAAUGGAGUGGGUGGGCAGCUCCAUGGCUUUUACAGCCUGCCAAAACCCAGCCGACACAACUCAGAGUUCAGGGACAGCGCGUACGACCUCCCACGCUCUUUCGGUUCCUACACACACCCCAAGUUGAGCCUCACCAGUUCCGAAACGGAUAACGAGGAAGUCUACACCUACAAGACUCCCAGCAAUGCCUUAUGCAAGGAAUUUGGAGAGCUCUCCACGGACUCCUACGAUAUUCCCACCACCCCGCUCUCCGUCUACCAGAUCCCCAGGACAUUUACACUAGACAAGAACCACAAUGCUCUGGCCGUGGCCGCCAGCGACUCACCCACCAUGCCACCCCCGCGGCCUCCGAAACCUGGGCAGAUGGAGCCACGAUGGGGCAGCCCACCCCAGCGACCCCAACCCAGUGAAAGCUUAGGGUUGGCCCCCAUGGCAGCCACCAUUCCCCGGAGAAACACACUGCCAGCAGUGGAGAACAGCAGGCUGCACCGAGCUUCUUCUUGUGAGACGUACGACUACCCCCAGCACGGGGGCAGCAGCGCCGUGCAGUCGGUGGAGUCCAUGAAUGAUGGGUACAACUCCUACCUGCAGGCCAAGGCUGUGGUGGCCCGUUCCCACAGUGCCGACUCCGAGGACAACUACGUCCCCAUGAACCCCGGUUCCUCGCCCCUGAUCCACACUGAGAAAGCCAACGACAACGCCCAAAAUCUCUACAUCCCCAUGAGCCCUGGGCCGCAUCACUUCGACCUGGUGGGAUUGUCCUCAGCCACCCUCCCCAUGCAUAAAGGAGGGGCCAUGGCCCAGUGCCACAGGAGGCUGAGUGAAAUCCAGCCCCCACCAGUCAACCGCAACCUCAAACCCGACCGGAAAGCAAAGCCAUCACCACUGGACCUGAGGAACAACACUGUCAUCGAUGAGCUUCCCUUCAAAUCACCAGUGACAAAAUCCUGGUCCAGACCAAGCCAGACCUUCAACGCCGGCUCUUUGCAAUACUGUCGACCUGUCUCCUCCCAGAGCAUCACCAGCACUGACUCAGGAGACAGUGAGGAGAACUACGUGGCAAUGCAAAACCCCAUUUCUGCUUCUCCUGUUCCUAGUGGCACCAACAGCCCAGCGCCUAAAAAGAGUUCGGGUAGUGUGGAUUAUCUGGCCCUGGACUUCCAGCCAAGCUCACCAGGGCCACACAGAAAGCCCUCCACCUCAUCGGUUGCCUCAGAUGAGAAGGUUGACUAUGUGCAAGUGGACAAGGAGAAGACACAGGCGCUGCAGAGCACCAUGCAGGAGUGGACUGAUGUGCGGCAGUCCUCAGAGGCCACCAAGAGCACCAAGCAAUAGUGACAGGGCAGAUACCUAACAGGCAAAUGUCCCAGGGGUUCUUCCAGCUUGGGGCACCACCAGACUUCCAGCUCCAUUUGGACUGGAUUUCUCUAAAACUGCUGUCUGUGGAGGGGAGGGGUUCUUUAUUAUCGUUUUCUUUUAAGACAAAAGAAACUUAAUUGCAGAGGAAGACUUGGCAGAUACUGUUUGCCAGUGAUAAAGGUCAACUAUGUUAGUUGGCUGGGUUUGUGCUUUAGCUGCUGAAUACACCAUCCAGGAACUUUGACGUAGCAAUACCAGGUUCCACCUUACACAUUUGUUGCUUAGAGUUAUUAAAGCCACCUUUUAUAUGCUAAUAUCAUCUUUCCCCUUCUUCUUCCAUACAACGCCCAUAAACCAUACCAUUUAGGUUUGGCAGCAUCUCUUCCAGGACAUCAUUCCCUAGCACCAGAUCUCUCCUCUUUAUGGUUGCCCUCUUCUCUGCCUCCUCUCAAUCCCAAAACUGAGCAAAGACCAUUCCUCAUUGACUUUAUUUUCAUCAUGCCAUCUGUUGUAAAUAGUAAUGUGUCCAAAACCUCUGAUAGUUUUUCUCAUAGUGGGACAGUCUCUGUGUUUCUGGUAGUGAUUUGUAAUUGUGACGAGCUCAAAGAGCUUCCAUACUGCCUUGUUGAGCUGGCUUUGCAGUCCAGGACUUGCCCCACCAUGCAUACAUACACCAGCAUGUGUUCACAGACAUUUGCGUGCACGCAGGAACACCCGGGUGUGAUGGAGUGUCUUUUGUGGUUGACUCUCAAAGUCAGUGGGUUGGAGAGGUUGGCUUUGGAUGGCAGAAUGUCAGUCUUUCUGAAGCCAAUUGCCUGUGAAUCUGGCCCUAGAAACCAAAAUCGACCUUUUGUGGCACGAAAAUAAGCCCAGUGAAGAUGAGUCCCCAUCAUGAGAAGCUCUGUAUGAGGCAUCCAGAAAGGCUAUGGGAUCCCUGUGUACCUGGGCUGAUGUGAAGUUGAAUGAUAAGUGGGAGGCAGGAGAAGAUGUAGGGAACAGGAGAAGGCAGGUGCUGUACCUCAGAGGUCAGACUUGGGUGAAGUGCCCCUGUGGGCUGUAACUUGGGGGAAAGGAGUGGAAUAACUGAAAUGUUGGUCAGUGGUGAGGCCUUAGGCUUGGAAAGAUGCUGAUCAGAAGAAGCAGGACAGGGUGUUUCAGUAUUGAAUUUAUCACAGCAUACAGCUGGUUCAUGCUGGAAACAAAGGGUUGGUCUAAAUAUUUUUCUCCAUCUUUGGUGAUACCUCUUUGAUACAAACAGGACUUUGUGAUGGUAAUGAUCCCAGGCUCUGAUAGUGGAUGGGAAGCUGCUGUUCCACUGCCUGCAUCUUUGACACAUCCAGGCUUUGGGAUUGCUCCCCAAGCAGCUGCCGCACACAGAGAGUAGAGAAGGAAGAGGCAGCUUAUUGCAAAGAUAAUAACUCAUGAUCUCAUGAAAACAGGAAGAACUAAUGAUUGCCAUGGAGCUGCCUGAUUGCCAGACAGCAAGCACUGACACAGAUAAACAGACCGACUGCAAAUGGAGAGCUAAACAAAAGGCACAUUAGAAGGAUUAGGUAAUAGCAUUUGCUAAACAGCUUGAGUUAUUCUUUCUUCAAGAUGAACCCCUCCCAGCAGCAGGGGCUCUACUUCCCACAACCACCACCAAGAAAAGCAAUCAUUUCUAUUAAUUACUGAUGCUUAAGUAUUAACACAUUUGUUUAAUCUCAGCCUGAGUUUGGAAAGGUCCAGAUGCAUCUCACAUGGGUAUAGGAUGCCAGACCCUUAAAGGCUAGGCUCUGCCUCGUAAAAUAAGUCUCCAGUUUCCAACACCAGUUGAUAUUUUCCUCUGCCUUGCCAUGAAAUGGGAAGAUAUCAAGGGAAAAGCUCUGAUGACCCUUUUAAGACAUUGCAGUGUUGGGCUUUUACAAGAAUAAUGGAGCAAAUAUCCUCAUGCUUAUGGUAAAAAUAAUGAUCAUCUAGGAGAGAGAUGAGAGAAGUCCCAAAGGGGAAGAUUAACACAGCCAGAUGCUUUGUGAAGACCAGGGCCUGUGCCUCUCAUUGAAGACUUGCACGCUUGCAUGGUGAGAUAAUGAAAUGAAGAGCAGAGUGCAGUGCUUCAUCUUUCUAUAGCCCCUUUCAUCACCACUUCUCAGGGGAGACAAAACAUUGGGUCUGGUCCAGAGCCCACUGAAGUCACUGUAAAGACUCCCAUGGAGCUCAGUGAGCUCAUUAAGAGGAUAUGG